GGCUAAGUAAGGUAGGGUUUUUAUGUUAGGGCAAUAGCCUACAUGCCUCAGAGCUUCGUUAUAUUUAUUAUUUCUAAGUGAUGUAGGCGUAGUACAAGCUCCAUUUUAGGUUGCCUGGUCCUAUUCCUGUCGGGCUAUUGUGUGGAUGGAUGGAAAGCUGUAAUAGGGGGGAGGAGGAGGUGGAGGAGGAGGUGAGGACGAACCGAGCAGAUAAGAGAAGUGGCUCAUUGGCUGGCCGCUGCGUGUAUAGCUCAUAUUUUAUCAGAAACUAGAGGUCCUGCCGUUUGUGUUACAUGUCGAAAAACAACGACACCGCACCCCAGGAGCUACCGAGAGGACGGUAGCAUGAUAGUCGUGGAGGGGAAUCGGCAGGAAGAGGGCCCGUAUCUGCAUUUUACUGCGCCUACACCGAAUUCAUUGAGUCGGUAACCAGCGUCCGACAUGGGGAAGGAGGUAAAUGGUGUUUCGCGGAGCCGGUUUGAGAUGUUCACAAACAGUGAUGAAGCGGUCAUCAAUAAGAAGCUGCCUAAGGAACUGUUGCUACGAAUCUUCUCCUUUCUGGAUGUGGUGACACUCUGUCGCUGUGCCCAGGUCUCACGGUCCUGGAAUGUUCUGGCCUUGGAUGGCAGUAACUGGCAACGAAUUGACCUCUUUGACUUUCAGAGGGACAUUGAGGGCCGGGUGGUGGAGAACAUCUCAAAGCGAUGUGGGGGGUUUCUCAGGAAGCUGAGCCUGCGGGGGUGCCUGGGUGUGGGUGACAGUGCCCUGAGGACGUUCUCACAGAACUGCAGGAACAUUGAGCUGCUUAGUCUGAACGGCUGCACCAAGAUCACUGACAGCACGUGUAACAGCCUCAGUAAGUUCUGUCCAAAGCUGAAGCACCUGGACCUUGCCUCCUGUACCUCAAUCACCAACCUGUCACUCAAAGCUCUCAGUGAGGGUUGUCCCUUGCUGGAGCAGCUCAACAUUUCCUGGUGUGAUCAGGUCACCAAGGAUGGCAUCCAGGCCCUGGUGCGCUCCUGCCCCGGACUCAAGGGCCUUUUCCUCAAGGGCUGUACACAGCUAGAAGAUGAGGCUCUGAAGCAUAUUGGGGCUCACUGUCCAGAGCUGGUCACACUCAACUUGCAGACAUGUUCACAGAUCACAGAUGAGGGCCUCAUCACAAUUUGCAGAGGUUGUCACCGCCUGCAGUCUCUGUGUGUGUCGGGCUGUGCUAACAUCACAGACGCCAUCCUUCACGCCCUGGGACAGAACUGCCCCCGCCUCAGAAUAUUAGAAGUGGCUCGCUGCUCCCAGCUUACAGAUGUGGGUUUCACUACAUUAGCAAGGAAUUGUCAUGAGCUUGAGAAAAUGGAUUUAGAAGAAUGUGUGCAGAUCACAGAUGGAACACUCAUCCAGCUGUCUAUCCACUGCCCUCGUUUGCAAGUCCUGAGUCUGUCGCACUGUGAGCUGAUCACCGAUGAUGGCAUCAGACACCUCGGCAGCGGCCCCUGUGCUCAUGACCGUCUGGAGGUGAUCGAGCUGGACAACUGCCCCCUGAUCACAGACGCCUCACUGGAGCACCUGAAGAGUUGCCAUAGUCUGGAUCGCAUUGAGCUCUAUGACUGCCAGCAGAUCACCCGUGCUGGUAUCAAGAGACUAAGGACUCAUCUGCCUAACAUCAAAGUGCAUGCAUACUUCGCUCCCGUCACUCCGCCUCCCUCCGUCGGGGGCAGCCGUCAGAGGUUUUGCCGCUGCUGUGUCCUGCUAUGAUGUAAAGACAACAACCCUCUUCCCCGUCCCUGUGUCCCUCGUACACGCUCCCCCGCAGCCCGUCACCUGACCCCUGCCCUGCUGUCCCCCCUCCCCCGGCCCCCUGUCACCGAGUACAUGCUGGUGUGUCCCCUUUUGGAGCUGCAGAGAGAGGGAGAGAGCCAAACAACGCUACAGGGUCUUGGGUAACUUUCCCAAAAACAUUCCCAACUCUCCCCACCACACACAACAGCCUUCUACACAAGCUAUUAUGCAGACACACUUACACACACAGAUUAACUCUUAGAAGAAUGUCAGAACAUUCCUGGGCUGUGUUCAAUGGACAAAACCAGUGUUACAGAGAGAGUUAUGUAAAAAUCAAUUGUGAUCACCACCGUUAAGGGAUUUAACUUUUCAUCAAGUGAAGUACAAAAGAAUUAUUUCAAGAAUUACGUGACAACAACACACCAUUGUGCUGUAUCCACGAACAGCCAGACUCUUCACUUGCUUAGCACUUUGAGAAAAAUUACAGUGACAGCUUUCAAGAAGAAUAUUAAAUCUAUAGGCUGAACAAUCCCUCUGAACCUCACGCACACACUUCCCCCUGUGUCACUUAUCCGCUACCUCUAGACGGGAACUGCACUUGAGUAAGACCUGUGUUAGUUUUGUUCUGCAGGCUGUUCAUUUCAAAAAGGGGCAGCGAUUCAGCCCCUUUUCAACACACACACACACACACACACAUAUAAAGCAGCUGAAAGCCUGUUUUGUGAUUAAAAAAAAAAAAGCAUACUUGCAGCUAUUUGCACUUACAGUAAAGCAAUGAUGAGACACUUUAAAAAGGCGACCAUCUCGAAAUUUAAGACUGGCAUUUUACUAACAAUACACACCAAUACAGAUCUUCACUUGAAUGCAUACACUGAGCUUGCUACACCUGUACUCUCACCUCUCUCUGUCUCUCUGUUACAAUCAGAAGCUUCAAUAUACAGAAGAGGAAAAAAAAAAAGACAAAGUUUAAUAUUUUUCUAAAAAUGGACACCAAU